GGGCCUGGUACAAAGUUCGAUAUUAUCACGUGUUGCCUUUCAUCCUCCUUCUCUUUCUCUUUGUACGACACGUCUUCAAGAUGGCUGCACGAGGUGCCUGUCUUCUUGUACUGCUGGCCUUCACCAUCUGUGCUGAUGCUGUCUCUCUCUCUAAUGUGCUAAGCAUUGAGGACCAAGCUCGAUUAAAACAAACCCUCUAUAAUGCCAUGCCAUUCAAAGACCUGGAGACUGCAGGAUAUGCUGUGUUUACUUUAAAGCUUAUGAAAGCUGAAGUGCCUCCAACACAGGAUGUUUGCAAGUUUGCGAAGGAUAAUGUUGAUGGAAGCAGUGUAAUGUCACUCUUCUAUGCAUCAGCCAUCAGUAAAUAUUUAGGAAAUUGUAAGUUACCAGCUAUCAAAGGUGCUGAAGUCACAUUAUCAGAGGCUGUAAAAGAAGGGUCAGAAAUGACUACCUUGUUUUAUGCUGUUGCAGCGCAAAAUUUUUUAGGACUCAAAGUUGAUACUGGUGAAGUGCUCAAGGCAGUGAGGGCAGCCAUCAACUCAGAUGAAGACAGUAUCCUUGGGGCAGCAUAUGCCAUGCUUACUGCCACAAGGCUACCUAAGGGCACAGAUGUGUCUUUUAUUACUGAAAUGAUUGAGGUAAUUAUUUUUCAAUUUUUUAAUUAUAAUUUGCCGUUUAUGAAUCUGUAUUUACAAACUAUCAAUGUAUAAGGCAAGGAAGUUCAGGGGAGCCAAUA